UAAAGCAGUAAGCAACAGGCGCUGUGAGUAAUGGUGGUUUACAUGUCAGGUUGGCAGUAAUGACUAAAGUCCUUGAAAUCUCCAGCCAGAAAAACAUCUGAUUGUAGGAUCAUAGAGCUGGUUAGAGUACAACUCGCAGCUCUUGAUCACCCACACUCGCAGACACCUUUGAUCACGUCAAGAGAAUGACUGAAAGACUGGACAUCAUAAUUUUCGGGGCCACCGGCUACACGGGCAAAGUGGCUGUGGAGGAAUGCGUCGCUCUUGCGAAGGAAAAGGGCGGGCUCACCUGGGGCAUUGCUGGCCGCAACCAAGGAAAGCUGGCGGAAGUAAUUGCUGACGUCGAAAAAAAGACUGGUGAAUCUCUUAAAGAUGUUAAAAUCGUGAUUGCAAACGUGGAUGAUGAGAAGUCCUUGAAGGACAUGGCGAGCAUGUGCAAGGUGCUAGUCAACUGUGUCGGACCUUACAGGCACUGGGGCGAACAGGCUGUCAAGGCGUGCAUUGAGAGUGGCACUCACCACGUGGACGUCAGCGGCGAGCCCCAGUACAUGGAGAAAAUGCAGCUGAUGUACCACAAGCAAGCUGAGGAAAAGGGCGUUUACAUAGUGAGCGCCUGCGGAUUUGACAGCAUUCCUGCUGAGAUCGGGAGCUUGUUCUUUAGCAAGCAGUUUGAUGGAGAACCUAACGCCGUUGAAACGUAUCUGACGUCCUCCAACAAAAACAGAUCAAAGGGAGCUGGAAUCCACUAUGGAACCUGGGAAUCCGCAGUAUAUGGACUGGCCCACGCCAACGAGCUUCGGCCUCUGCGGCGCCAACUCUUUCCGCACAGAUUGCCCUCGAUGAGUCCGAAACUGCAGUCACGAGGAGCUGUUUUCCGCAGUCCAGUCGGCCGGGGCUGGUGCCUGCCUUUCCUUGGCUCAGACUUGUCUGUGAUGCGCCGCUCUCAGCACUAUUUCCACGAGAAGAAAGGUCAGAGGCCCCUGCAGAUUCAGUGCUACUUCACGCUGCCGUCGCUGAUUGCUGUCCUGGGAGUCAUGUUUGUCGCUUCCAUCUUCUUUGUGCUCACCAAGUUUGGCUGGGGCAGAAAACUGCUCCUCUCGUAUCCUAAGCUGUUUAGUUUUGGAUUUGUGAGCCAUGAGGGCCCAACUGAAGAGAGCAGGAAGGAAACUAAGUUCGCCAUCACUUUUGUAGGUGAAGGGUGGGCUGAGAAAAAAGCAGAUGGCAACCAACACACCUCCGCUCCGGACACUCGCGUUGUGACCAAGGUUUCUGGCUUUGAUCCUGGAUAUGGAUUCACUACAAGAUGCUUGCUUUUGUGCGCCACCACUAUUAUGAGUGAAGCCAACAAAAUGCCGGGAAAAGGUGGUGUUUACCCUCCUGGCGCUGCAUUUGCCGAGACCUCUCUUAUGUCCAAGCUCCAAUCUCACGGACUCACCAUGGAAGUCGUUGAGAAGAAGAAAAUCGACUAAAUAUGUAUAUAUGUUACCAAAAUUCUAUUAUUGUCUAUUUCUAAUGAAAAUAGUCUUGCAUUUUUUUUGAGUAUUCUACAUCUUUUAUUUAAAAAUUUUUCUUCACAUUGUCGUUGUUAUCUUUGGCAUACAAAUUCAUUAUUCACAAAACGUAUCGGAAUAUAGGAAAAUUUAGCAGAAACAAUAGACAGAGAUAUUUCUUGUAACAUCUAUGACUACUUCUCGGUGACAUACACUCUUUUUAAGCACAAACGCACACUAUGAUUCCAAGUCAACAUUGAUAAAUAGAUAGGUCAUCAGUUUAUGUGUAUGUGUAAGGUUUUUAUUUACAAACCGUUUUAGCCACUAUGAUAUAAUAUUGUUGUACAUACAUCCCUCUCAUUUUUGAAAAGAAAAAUGAGCUAGAUGAUACAAUUACGUGAAGGUAACUCAAAGAGCCGUGCUUUACAAACAAUGAGAGUCGGGUCAAAUUGGCUUCACUGCAGCUCAAAAAGCAUCCAAUUCGCGCGUUAUUGAAAAGCACUGAAAGAUUUAAAAAUAAUAUAUCUAUAAGCUUGUUAUUGAACUCUUGUUUGUGUUGCAAGGUUAUCAAAAGGUUUGUACACGUUGUCCAAAAUGCAAAAUCCAAAACAAUUUAGAGCGGCCUAAAAUAUCUUGUUUCAAUAGGGACUUUAUAAAAUUAAAAUCAUUCACGUUACGCUUAUCAGGAGUGGUCAUACUUGUACUAAAAAUUUCGAAAUGGCACACAAGGGGUAAUGCUGGUCCGCAAGUGGACCAAUGGCCAUUAUUUGUGAGAGCAACAAUGGUUUACAUGCUAUGGUAUCAUCACAAUCAUCCCCAUUAUUUCCCAUUUAUCUUUUUGCUUUUUUUAAUGCUCCAUGCCGAGAACUUGUCUAAAAUUUCCAAAUGAGACCAAAUCAAGCGUUUAAAAUAAAAAAUAUUUACAUAUAUACGCAUAUACUACACUGAGAUUUAAAAAUGUUCAAUUUACAAGUAAACGUUGCUUUCACAAAUAAUCACUCGGUGAAAUUAAAGGAAAGAGUCGGUUCGGCAGCUGAAAUGUGACAUGUCCGUUUUGUACUUGUUCUAUUUAUCGUGGACUAAAUUAAAAAUAACUUAGGGCAUUGUGA